CUCCACACUUGUUGAUUACCAGUAAUCUCAGCGUCUCAAAAGGUAGUCCCCUCCGAAGCGGUGCAGCUAUCCUUCUGCAGCAAGAUGACGACGAAUCGUAUCAGUGAGCGCCUCAUUCGACUCUGCACGUCGAGUGAGAGCGUCUCGUCCCUGCUCGCUAAACAGCCGAGCAUGGCGCCCAGUGAGGCAUGGGAGAGACUGUAUGGCGAACAUGCUCUGAAGGCCGCCGAUGGUAGUGGGCAGGAUGGAUCCGAGUCAGUCACGCAGGACGAGCUGGAGAAGGCCGCAAUGUGUGGGAAGUGGGGACCGACGAAGCCGGGCGAGCUGUUCUUGAAGAUAUACCACGAUGCGCUUUGCACGCUUGAUGCUGACCCCCUCCGAGGCAUGGUCAGCCCCUCGCUGAUGGGGAGUUGCGGGACCGUUCCCUUGACCAUCAUCUCUGUCUUGCCCGACAUUGUCCGCCAUAUGGCCAACGUCAUUGUUCGAGCCGAGCGGGAGGUCUUGCUGGCAACGAACUACUGGCAGAACUCAGUGGCCUCCAAGUACAUCACUAAUGCCAUCAGGGAACUGGACCGCCGCGCUGGGGCGAGAGGCGCCAGGAUUGUUCUCAAGAUUAUAUACGACCGUGGAAGUCCCAGGCAGCUGUACGAGCCGCAUUACAUCGUCGGAGAGAAAGAGUUUACCAGCGACAAGGUCAACUUGCCGCAUCCGAGCGAGAUUCCGAAUAUCGACAUGCAAGUCAUGAACUUCCACACCCCGCUGAUGGGGACAUUCCAUGCCAAGUACAUGGUGGUGGACCGGAAGAUCGCUCUCUUGCAGAGCAACAACAUCCAGGACAACGACAACCUGGAAAUGUUGAUCCACUUGGAGGGCCCGAUCGUGGCUUCUUUGUACGAUAUGGCACUCAUCUCUUGGUACAAGCACCUGAACCCGCCGCUUCCGAGUCAUAACUCCCCGGCGGCCAAGGGAGGGCUAGGAACCUGGACCAGCGAGGCAGCCAACGGAACUGCCGUAAAGUCGAGCUCCAGGGGCGAAGUAGCUGAGCCUGCUACGAUUGAUCCGCCUGUCCCAGCCAAAAGCGACAACGCAAAGCGAACCGAUGUGCUCACGGGCCCGUCGACUACCGAGUCUGUGUCGAACCCUGAACCGUCGCAGAACGGAGCCAAUGGGGAAGAACACGACGGUAGCCACAGGCACACUCAGGAUCUAGUUGUCCAAGCGUCAACUGGAAAUGCAACGUCGCAGACCAGCGAGGAUGUCAGCGCGGCCCUACCUCCGUUGACUGCAGACAGUUCGCACUACGACGACGACAUUGCAGGGGAGGUUGCCCGCAUCCAGGCCUCGCUCGCUCCCAAGCCAGGCGAAACCCACCUGCAGGCCGUGACCCGGCUGCUCAACCACACGGUCAACGAGGGGCUCCCGGGGGAUCCCAACGCACCGGAAUGUCCGCCCGGAGAACUGAUGACACCCUACAUCCCGCACCAAGCGCAUACCCCCUACCCCAUGGCGCUCGUCAACCGCGCACCAUACGGCCCGCCCACGCACAACUCCGUCUCGACGCCGCAAAACGCGGCCUGGCUCUCAGCGCUGCGCAACGCCAAGGAAAGCGUGUACAUCGUCUCGCCGACGCUCAACGCCGCGCCUCUCAUACCCGCCAUCAAAGAAGCCUGCGAGCGCGGCGUCGACGUCUACUGCUACAUCUGCAUCAGCUACAACGACGCCGGCGAACUCCUCCCCCGACAAGGCGGGCACAACGAGCGGGUGUCAGCGCAGCUGCACGCCGCGCUGGCCCCCGCAGCGCGCCGACGCCUGCACUGGCACUGGUACGUGGGCAAGGACCAGACGAGGCCGAUCACGCAGGCGCGGCGGCAGCGCAGCAGCCACGUCAAGCUGAUGGUGGUGGACGGCCGCGUCGGCAUCCAGGGCAACGGCAACCAGGACACCCAGAGCUGGUUCCACAGCCAGGAGGUCAACCUGCUGGUCGACAGCGCCGAGCUGUGCGCCGCCUGGCUGGCUGCGCUGCGGCGAAACCAGAAUACCGAGCGCUUCGGCGCUGUUGACCCGCGGGAUGGCGUGUGGAGGGAUGCGCAGGGCAGGGAGGUCGAGGGCGCCAUGGGCGUCAAUCCCGGAUGGUUUCCGUGGUUGAAGGGGGUUAAGGGGGCGAUCCAGAGGGUUAGGGGCACCGGGGGGUUCUAGAUAGUGGACCGGGCAUAGGAGGAGGUGGUGGUGGUGUGGGAUUCAGAGGUUAUGAUAAUUAAGGUAGUUAUUGUGCCGGAUUUGG